AUGGCGUGUCAGGAUUUGGAAUUUUCAAUAUCUCGUGUAAACCUAAUCAUUUCCAAGCUGUUAGAUGAACGGGGCAAGAAUAUAAAGCAUGAUUAUGCAACGCAUAAUAGGCUUGUUACAGUGCUUCAGAAUCAUCUCGCCAUGGUCUCAGUUAUUUCAAGAUCAUCACGAUCUUAUUGUAUAGGAUUGCGAAACAGUGAUCUUGAACUAGCAUGGGCAACUUUCAUAUGUUCGAGGUUGUCUCGUGAAAAUUGGUUCUUAUUGGAAGCACUAAACGACCAUUUUGCUCUAUUGCGACUGAACCCUUCCUUGCUCAACGUCGGAAGAGCAAUAUUUGACAUGGGAGGAUAUCAGAUAGAAUCGCCUAUAGAAAAAAAUUGGUAG